CUUUGCUCGGGUAUUGGAUCUGCUAUGAUUACGAAAUACCAUACAAGAAGGCAGAAGUGGACCACUUCACGCGAUUUUCUGCGGCUGAUGUCGGAUCAACUGGAUGAUGGAAUACAUACGAGUAAACAAAAAUCAUGCGGGGAAAACCCCCAUUUCAGCAGUAUGGCAGACAUCCGAAGCAACGGCAGGCGGCAGGGACCGGUGGUCAAGUUCAGCAAGCAACGAUCGUCGUCUGUGGUGUUGGAACCAGUGCGAGUCCGACCGUGGCAACACUUGUGCAAGCCUCAUCAAUACAGGCCGGACGCGCCCAGCCUGUGGUCUCGACCCCAGCCCGAGUCAGCAGCAAAUUGUGAAGGCCAUAGUCGCAAGCCCUUUAAAUCAGAACAUUAUCACCCAGCAACAUCAUCCAAACAGGCAGUACAAGUGCAAUCAGUCGGGCAGAAGGUCUCAGUUGCUACGGUUAGUACCUGGUUAGUACUAGUUAGUUGCGCAGCCGGCAUCUAUUGCCGCUGGUGGACAAAUCGUGCUGGGGAAGACCAGUGUCGGACGGUUCUUUCCGGUGUCAGUGUCACAACAGGCCAACCAACGACAGACCGUUCAAGUUGUGACCGCAACUUCGGCUGCACAAGCAAAUGCAGCUGGCAACAUCCGAGCCCAUGUUCCUACUCAGAACAUCGGGAACAUUAAGGUGGCCGCCGGAGCGACUUCAGCUCAGCAACAGCAGGCUAUUCUGACUGAAUUUCAAAAUCAGCAGCGCUCAACUGCAAGCUCAGUGCGAUUGCAAACGUCCAGCGGAUCAUUAGCGAUGGUAGCGGAGGCACCCGCUACCAGUGCAGCCGAGCUGCAGCAACAGACGAAACAAGUUGUUACAGCUGGUAUAUCUCAGGCGCAACAGCAACAAACGCAAACCGCAACCCAAGUUCUGCAAAUUCAAACAAUUUUAUCGACUCGAUCGGGUGCGAAAUGCCAUUUGAAACAAUGAGUGAUAUACAACCAGAAUCUUUAUCGAAAUGAUUUGCCAGGAGUACGCUGAAUACCAGGUCGAACGAUUAUUUUGUUUAGAACGUACGAUUAUCUCUAUCAUGAUCAGUCUCUGUGAAGUGUUAGGGUAUCAGA